AUGGAGGAAGACAAGAACAAGACGGCAAAAACUUUACCAGCACAGCUGAACAGCAUAAUGAUAGCAAAUGCGCUGGACUCCCCAGCUGCCCACACUUCUUUUGGAAAAUUGCCCUUAGCAGAUGAAAAAUCAGCCCCAGUUUUCAGCUUUGGGACUAGCACUCGUGAUCAGUUACAGAAAGUUUUUUACUCAGAAGAGCUCAAUGCUCAGCCUUGUAAAGCUGGACCAGGCCCAAAAUAUGAAGUCCAAGACAACAUCAAUUUUAAGACAUUGCCUGAUUUUUCUUUUGGAAAAGACAAAAGAGUUACGUUAGGGAAGCCUCAGCAUUAUUACCAUUAUGAUAUACAAGAUACGUUUACUGACCCAAUUAAGGCGAAAAUUUAUACUAAACCUAAUAAUGGAAACACAAAAUUCGGGACCGAAUCCAGGAUGCCGCCUCCAGAAAUUCAAGGGACGCCUGGACCUCAAUAUUAUCCGCCUAUUAAACCAGAGGUAAAAUCUGCUCCGAAAUAUACGUUAGGGGCAAGAAGGACAAAUCCUAGCGGAUCUGUGCUAGAAAAUCAGAUAUCAACGCCAGGAGUUGUAGGGCCAGGAAGAUAUGCCCCUGAAAGUGCAGCUUAUACAAGUGUACAUAAAGACCCACCUACAUGGACGUUUGGAAAUUCAGAUAAAAUAGGGAAAACUGCAAAAUCUGUUACUAGGCAUCAGACAUAUGAUACUCAUAGUCAAUCUUGUGGGCCACAAAUUUCGUCUAAAAAGAAAAGCGCUCCCAACCCGAAAAUUGGGACUUCUACGAGAGAUCAAGUAGCGAAGCUUGGGACGUUUAAAGAUAUGAUGGCUACUCAGCCUAUGAGAGUGCAACUUCCUCACCCAACAUUUUAA